AUGUCGCUGGUGCUCUUGGGGUUGGAUACAGGUUUUUUCUUCACCUCACCAUGCAUUGCGGGCAUUCUCACCGACCACGAUGUGCGCAUUUAUUACCAAAACCUGGGAUUCAAGAACUGCGAUGUGAAUGCCUACCUCCUGGCUGCUUCCGACGAUUGCUACGACGUAGUCGUGUUAACCGAAACCUGGCUCGACUCGCGUACGCUCUCUCAUCAGGUGUUCGGUCCUGAAUUCGAAGUUUUCCUUUGCGAUCGUGGACCCGUAAAUAGUCGGAAACUUUCUGGCGGUGGAGUACUUGUCGCGGUGACGCGAAGGUUUAAGACUAAAGAAGUGAAAAAGGAUCUGUGGGAUAGCAUCGAGCAGGUGUGGGUAUGCACUGAGCUUGCGAAUCGGAAGGACUACCUGUGUGGUAUUUAUGUUCCACCCGAUCGAGUACGCGAUGAUACAUUAGUUGGAGUUCACUCUCAGUCCGUUAUGUCAGUAAUCGAUAUGGCAACUGCAACCGAUGAGCUUAUCGUUAUCGACCCUGAUCACUCUACUCUGCACAUUGGAGCUAUACGGUUUCUCGACUGCUACAGUUCUGCCACGCUGCGACAGAUCAACCACGUGACUAACGAGAACAAUCGCUGCCUGGCCCUCUGUUUCGUCAGCGCGCAGGACGUUGCCCCGGUUGUUUCACUCGCUCCACCACCUCUGGUCAAGGAAGUAAGGCAACACCCGCCAUUAUAUCUCGCCCUCAAGAACUUUUCGGUAAACCUUACGGAAACCGUCACACCUGUCUCUUACAACUUCCGAAAAGCCGAUCACCGGAGCAUUACUGAAUUUAUUGCCGCUAUCGAGUGGGUCGGUGUUCUUGAUGGCCGUGCUGCCAAUAGCGCUGCACUGACGUUAUCGCACAUAAUCAUUCACGCUAUUGACCGACAUGUUCCCAAGAUAGUUCGUUCAUUUAAUAGUAAGCCACGAGCUUCGCAUGUUGAAGACCAAAAAAAGGCUGCACUCAGGACUUACUUCAGGUUUGGUACGCUUCCGUUCCACGAGCACUACAAAAAGUUGAACACAACGUAUAAGAGGACCAGUCAGAGUUGUUUUAGACGACACCUGCAAAGCAUCCAGCGCAGUUUGAAGGCGAAACCAAAAACAUUAUGGAGACACGUUAACGCUCAACGAAGAGAAUCGAGUCUUCCUUCAACUAUGACUUUCAACGGCAAGGUUGCCUCCGAGCCGGAGAAGGUCUGCCAACUCUUUGCUGAGAAAUUCGCGCAGACUUUUUGCAACGAUGUGACCCCGGCUGACCAAGAAACUCAGGCUGCUCAAAACGUUCCGAUUGUAGUUGGAAGGCAGAACGUUACUCCAAAUGUGCUAAGAAAAGAGUUUGUGAGGCCCUCCCGGGCCUCCCAGGGUCUAAAUCCGGCCCUGAUUGUGGCCCUGGCACUUCGAGUCAUUUACGGGAAGGAUCAUUACGUCUUUCAACAGGACAGCGCACCGGCCCACACGGCGAAAAUCGUCCAAGCGUGGUGUCGGGAUAAUUUGACCCAGAUUUAUAUCAUAAGACCUUAG